AUGUUGCUGCUGCUACUGCCUUUCUUCGCUCUCUUCUUCGCCUCUCUCUCUUCCGCUGCUCGCAUCGAUCUCUUUCGUCAUCAAAAGUCAAAUUCUACCGACUUGAAGCCUGGACUACUCUCUCUUGUCAACAAAUAUGCUGCCAUCUCCCGUCGCCAUUUCAACAGGACCGGUGAGCACUUGAACAUCGUCAACUUCGACUACCUCAAUCUGCAAAAACGCGCCAAUGCUCAUUCUAACCUUCACAGCGAUAGGUCUUGGUCUGGCCAAAUUGAAGUCGGCUUCCCCCCUCAAAAGACUCUUACUUUGUUCGACACUGGCUCCUCUGACCUCGUCCUUGACAAGGCUGCCUACAACCCUAAAUGGUCUCUCUCCUCAAAGAAUCUCCACAAGCGGUUCGAUUUCUCCUAUGGCUCUCAGCAUGUGGCUGGUGAUCUGUAUACCGACAAGGUCGCCAUCGGUGGUGUCAAGGCUUCCAAUGUCCCCAUCGGUCAUGGCAAUGGCGACUUUAACAGUGGCAAUGGCGGCACUUUUGGCCUCUCCUUCUCCAAUUCCGAAAACAGCGCCUUUGACGUCCAACAGCUUCCUUUUACUUGGGCCGCCAAGAAGCAGCACCUCAUCCAAUCUAGCACCUAUCAAUUCACCCUUCGUCCUACUGGCAAAGCUACGUUGAACGUUGGCAGGGUCGACCUUUUCGAGCUCGCCGGUCCCAUCACUUGGUCUGACAAGAACACGGAUCAUACCUUCUGGAGGAUCACGACCGAACUCAAUGGCAACAAGAUCGAAAACGCUAUUGCCGAUACCGGUACCAACUUCAUUGGCGGACCUCCUGACCAAGUCAAGGCUCUGCUCGAUAACCUCGAUGGCGUUUCGGUCGAACUAGCCGAAGAUGGCUCGUACGGGGGCUUCUACAGCUGCCAAAACCCUCCCCAUUUGAGCUUCAAGGUUCUCGGUCAGACCUUCGACUUCCCUGAGCCUGCUAUGAAUUUUGGCUUUAAUGGUGACAAGUGUCGGCUGGCCAUUUUCAGUACACCAGGGAUGCAAGAAUGGAUCCUCGGCUCGCCCUUUUUUGAGACGGCCUCUGUCAUCCUCAACUAUGAUGUUCGCCGCAUGGGCUUCGCCAAGUACAGGUAG